CCGCAACGCCGUGCUGGCCGUCAUCGCUUUGCUGGUCUAUACCGCAUACGCCACAGCACUGGGCCACGGCGACGGCGACGGCGAAGGCAAGAAAGGGGUUGAUAUGUCGCUACUGAGCACUCAGGAGAUUGAAAAGGAGCUGCAACAAUGCGAUGUCCUCCAGCAGUUGUCCGCGCACGCCGCGCUCCACCAACCGCUCUCGGCUUCCUGGCUGUCGAGGGCCUUUGCCCGUCUCUUCCCCUUCGCUUCUCCAGCCCUGAACGCUCUCAUGGGCACGCUUUACAUCUCUGGUCCUCCCAACUUCUUGCUCGCUCUAUGCCCCCCUAACAUCGACCCGGCAAGACUCAAUGUCAUGGUGGCGUUCGCUGUCGGAGGCUUGUUAGGCGACACGCUCUUCCACCUCUUGCCUGAGAUUUUUCUUGGCGAAACACCUGAGGGGGAGGUCAGAGCGGUGCUGGUCGAGCCAAACAAGAACCUCCUCUUAGGAGUAUCCAUCAUGGUGGGCUUUGUCACUUUCGUGGCUAUGGACAAGGGGCUCCGCAUUGCCACUGGUGGUGCUGGCCAUACUCACCAGCACAGCGACCACGAACCGAGCAAUAAUGGACAAGAUAUAGCCAGUGCCACUGGUAUUGCUAAGCCUACUGAACAAGAACUCAAGAAGCGUGGCGCAAAGCCAGACCAAUCUGCUGCUGUGCAGCCAUCUCCCGAGCCGGAAAAGAAAGAGGUCCAACUCAAACUCUAUCUGAAUAUCAUCGCAGAUUUCACACAUAACAUCACUGACGGCUUGGCUAUAUCAUCGUCCUUUUACGCCAGUCCGACUAUCGGAGCUACGACAACCUUGGCAGUCUUUUGCCACGAAAUACCUCAUGAGGUCGGAGACUUCGCGUUACUUAUCCAGGGUGGCAUGUCCAAGAAAUUGGCCAUGAGCUUGCAGUUCGUCACGGCUCUCGGAGCAGUGCUGGGAACGCUGAUCGGUAUCGCUGUGCAAGAGUUGGGAGGCAACGCAGCGAGCGUGAGUCCAGAAUUUGGAAUGGGCAACACUGGUCUGUGGGGUACCAGUCUUCAAUACGGAGACCUGCUCCUGCCUUUUACGUGCGGAACGUUUCUCUACGUGGGCACGGUCUCUGUCAUUCCGGAAAUGCUGGAAACUGGGCCCAAUGUGCGAAAAGAACUCCAGGGUGCGUUGUUGCAGCUCGUGGCCAUGGCUGCCGGCGCUGGAAUCAUGCUGGGAAUAUCUUGGGACUAGGGUAGAAAUUCUCCUCGGAAUCUCUAAUGGAGAAAGAGUGGCACCCUCAGCAUCAUCAAGAGAUGCUGGAGGCACCAGAUACGAUACUCUAGCACGAAGGCUACAGACGCGCUCGCUUCGAGCGUUCACGAUGUUCCAUACUUGUAUGCUGGUCCUGCGAGGGGGCAUGGUGCCAGACAGGCGACAAAUGAUCGAUCAACAAACAAGCAAGGAUUAGGUAGACAAAGAGCAGUCAGGCCAUUCGAGGAGACUGACAACAGCGAGUAACGGAAGCUGGCACUCUCAAACCUCGACGACUCUUGCAAAGAGAGCAAUCAAGUUUACACUCGGUUCGGAGGAAGUGGCUGUUCAUCACUUCAAUAGGUACCUUACCUAGGUAUACCGCGGCAAUGUGCAGACAGUACCUUAGGCCAGAAGGUUCGCGCAGCCUGGAAGGUAUAGACGUGGAAAUUUAUUGCAGCUGCCGACUCACUUUAUGACUACCUAGGUACAUGUACCUUAGGUACGUGUUUGUCAAGUCCGAGAUCGUCGGGUGGUGCGAUCGGAUCUGCCUGUGUUCCCUCCAUUUCAUGCCCGGUGAUGGCAGCCAGCCUACAUGUAGGUACCUAGAUACAUUAUCUGUGCUGCAUCAGAGUGACCAUAUUGCGCAAAUUCAACCCACUCUCGAUAGGUACACAAUACAGGCUGCAUAGUGCCUACUACUGUAAUCGAUAGGUGUGUUAUGCCGCUACCAAUGAUGAUGCUAGUUCAUGUAAUGCCCAGUGGCUAAGUUCCUGCCACCCACUUUCUCCGGGAAUGACCCCCCAAAAACAAAACCAACCCCUGAAACCCAGAUCCAGUGUUGAUACCUACCUUAGGCACCAAUAUCUAUAAGUCUUCGACGUCGGAUUCUACUUCCUCGGCAUUCUUAUGCAUUUCCUCCUCCAUCUCCUUGUAAGUGAACCAGCUCAAUAGGAGAAAGGCGGCAAUAAUGAGCAAUCCGCCCGUAAUGGCAGCCGAAGUCAAGGGGCUGUACAGCGGCGGAGGAAGUAACUCAUCGCAGAGAGCGACGAGGAAUAUCGUCAGCAAAGCCGCCACGGAGCUCAGCACGGGCGACGUAAGGGAGAUCAAGACCAGGAAUGAGCCACUGAAAGUGGCAUUCGAUAGCACUGAAAUGGCCAGCAUCCAGGCCGCCUCACCACUCGGGAGCUCGAACGUCUCGAUCCCGGUAUAGUGUAGAAUAGGAAGUGGGAUCCAGAGUACGGUCAAGGUGAAGAGUCCAAUCAUGCUGCCAAACGUGUUGGCAAACAGCAUGCCACGAGUCGGCGAGCAUCCAUUUGGUGGACACGCCACUCGCUUGUACAAGACCUCAUAGAAGCCGUAGAGCACACUACCGACCCCAAUGACGAGAUUCCCCAGAGUGCGACUGCUUGCUGCCGCGCUGUCUGGCGCAGAAGGUCCUCCGGCACCUCCUCCUGACUUGCUACCGUGCUUAGGGUGUGCCUGGUCUCCAUACGCAACUACAAGGACACCGAUGAUCGCCAGCACGACGGAUGCAAUCUUGUUGCAUUGCAAUCUGUCGCCUAGCAGUGGAAUAGCAAAAGCGUAUGCGAAAAAUGCGGAGCAGUUAUAGAUGGCAGUCAGAUCAGAGGCUGUUGUCAUGUCCACGGCAAUGUACCAGCUGGCCCCUGCCACAGUCAGAGCACACGUCACAUAUGCCGUCGUUCUCGCAAAAUACGGCCACGGAGAUUUCUUCUGCAGAUGAAGAGGAACGUUUAGCGUUCGAUGCUCCACCAUCUGUGCCGUGGAUGUGAUGAUGGCCACGUGUCUCCUCCAAAAUGAGUCCCACGGCUGUGACCACUUGUGCAUACGGAGGAUGGCAAGCUGGACAAACCACAGCACUGACCAGGACCCAUGCGUGAAAUAGAGCAUGCAAUACGCCUUGUUCCAAUGCAGGUCAUGUUGGAUAUAGACUGCGGUCUCCGUCUGAACUGCGAAGCUGACCAGACUCAGGAGCAGGAAUGCCGCAGCAUACGUAUACCUUCGUCUGGUGUCAUCUACAGCUUCGACAACCUCCGGAUCCCUCUCCCGGAAAUGCGAUGACCGGCGAGCUGCCAGACCGGCAGGUCGUGUCGGGCUGUCAUGGCUCGUCCGCUUGUCUCCUGCCAGCAGCGGUUGGUGCUGGUAGCUCUUGGGCCGUGAACGCUCUGGCCGCAAGUCCGAGGGCAUAUCGCAGUCCUCCUCUCGCGGCCGCUCCGCUUCGUCCCACGCGAUCGCGUCGGGUCCGCCUCCUCGUGGCCGUCGUGGCCCGCUGUAGACGACGGCGUGUGGGUAGGUGGGCGGGUGUGAGAGAGCAGGAGGGAGAGAGGGCGUCGGUGGGUGGAGGAAAACGGUGUUGCUGAAGGGAACAGCAACGAGUAGGGCGUGAG